AUGGAUCAACCCACAACAACAUCCUUUUCCUAUAAAAGGUCACAAGAACCAAAAAAUACCAGUGGGUCCGCCAAAAUUGAAGACACCAAACCUUCCGAAUUAGAAAAUAGCAAACCUUCCGAAGUAGGAGGUACCAAACCUCUCAAAGUAGAAGAUAUCAAAUCUCCCAAACUAGAAGAUGCCAAACCCUCCAAAGACUCUAAGGAGACUACCGACUCACCUCAUAGACCACCACCCUCUUCUUCUGGUAAGCCCACCGAUACAGAAGAUAAAGAUGAUGAGAAAAAAAAAAAAGGACUAAAGCCACAAACUGUUGAGACAUCCCUUAGGUUCAUGGAUGAUGUACAAUUCUUUCUUGCCACAGCCCCUGCCAAUUGGCAAGAAAACCAAAUCAUCAGACGUUACUACCUUAGCCAUGAUGAAGGGUUCGUGUCGUGCGUGUUUUGGAGUAACCUUUAUUUUGUCACCGGGACAGAUAUCGUCAAGAGUUUAAUUUAUCGAUUCGAACAGUUUGGGCGGGCGAUUACUGAUAGAAAAAAAUUUGAAGAAGGAGUAUUUUCUGAUCUUCGAAAUUUAAAAUGUGGGACCGAUGCCGUGCUCGAACCCCCAAAAUCGAAAUUCUUGGAGUUUCUAUAUAAGAAUUCGUGCCUUAGGACCCAAAAGAAACAGAAAGUCUUCUUUUGGUUCAGUGUUCAGCACGAUAAGUUAUUUUCCGAUGCUCUUGAGCGUGAUUUGAAACGAGAAAUACUCGAUCAGAAAACCACUACGGAAGCCCAGCGCGAACCUGCCCUAAGUUUCAAAUAUGACGAUGACGAUUCAAAACCACUUUUUGAUCAAUUCACAAAACAUAUCCAAGAUAUUAAGAGAUCUUUAGGAAUAGCGUCGCCCGAUCCAGUAGUGACGGGUACCACUACCACUACCACCACCACCACCGAUAUCUCGGCCGCUGGUCAACCACUACAACCACAACUUCUGAUACGCGAUCACCCAUACAACUACAUACAUGCUAACCAACAAAUGCCGUUACCGCAUGGUUAUCCUCAACUUCAAUAUCCUCAACAGCUAAUGCCUCAGAAUGUCUCUGCCGCUGGUUUCGGCGGUGCCCUUUCUCAACCAUUACCUCUUGAUCAAGAACAGCAAGCAAGUGUCCUCGGAGCUUUGACAUCUGAAGGUCCUCAGUCCAAUUACAUCACCACCGAAGAUGAUUUCCCCCUUGAUUUUUUCCCACAAAAUGAUUAUAUUAGUGAAACCAUUGACCCAUCGCAGGCGUUUAUGACCAAUAGUGUGCCAUUAUUCGAUCCAAACAUUUUUCUCAACCCUAACUUGAUUAGCGGAGGAUCUGCCGAUCCUAACAUGGGAAUGGGCAAUGAUUUUGCAACCACAGAAUUCCUCAUUGAUAGCGCAUCUCCAUUUUCCCCAGCCCAUGGACUCGUAGAAGAUGAUUUGAAAGAUGAAGAGGAAAAUCUAACGGAGAUCAAAUUGGAAGAUGGUACAACUGUGGCUGCUGCGGCUGCUGCGGCUGCCAUACCAACAACCGCUACCCAAUACGAUAUCAGUGAUCUUGGGGCACAUUCCACGGUGCAAGCUGCUGGCCAUCCUGCCCGCAUGAUCCCUGGAACAGAAAUGAUCAGUCCUCUUUACAAUCCAUUGUACCAAUCAUCGAUGAAUCAACAACUUGCGUUUGCCAGCCAAGCCCAACUCAUGAACCCAUUAAUGGCCCCUGGGAGUGAAUUCUUUGUAAAUCCUUAUUUGGCUGACCCAGGUCUCAUGGCGACUGCCGGCAAUUAUUACGACCAUAUGUCGGCUCUUCAAGCUCAACAGCAAAUGAUGACCAUGAUGAACCCAGCAUUGAUGGGCGCUGGAGGUUUUGCUCCUCCUGCUACCGCUAGUGCGAUUAAUCAAUUACAGCGCCAGAAAUUGAUGCAGCAAGGGGCAGUUAAUGGACUAAUGACGAUGGUACGUCAACAAAGAUCUCAGAACCCUGGAAGAGUGGAGAAACCAGGUAAUAAUAUAUCGAAGGAUAAAGAAUCGGAGAAGACUAUUGUUAAGAAAGAGGAUCAGGAUUAG